UCAGUACGCAAUUUCACUAUUUAUUCACUCUCAAGAUUCUCCGGAUCCCAAAAGGAAUGGCGGAGCCGAACGAGUCCGAUGAUCGGAAUGGCACCGUGCCCGCUCCGGUCGAGGUAGAAUAUGCAACAACUCACAAAUCCAAAGGAAUGCGUAGUGAGGAUCAGGCCGUUUAUGUACCUGUCCGCCGUCUGAUCGCCGAGAUUUUCUUCCCCGAUGAAACUAAGGGUUCUUUUUCUCAACGCGUCAAGGCCUCCGUCGCCGAGAAUGGCCAUGCCGUUGCACAAGCUUGCAGAAACUUUGGUCACGAUAUUCUUUGUUGGACUCGCAGGGGCAGUCCUCUUCGAGCGCUCCUUGUUAUCUCCGUUGGGACAAUUGCUCUUCUUGCAUCGACGGGAUUGCUCAUCUUUCUGCUAUUCAUUCUAGCAGCAACUCUCAAUGCCGUUAUUAUCUCCCUUCUUGUUUCCUUGGCUGCAGUUGGAGGCUUCUUGGCUCUUUUCUUUGCUUGCAUAACAGCUGUGUACAUUGGGGCAUUAACAGUUGCUUUGUUUUUUAUAUCUACUGCAACAAUCUCAGCCAUUGUAGCAGUGGUGAUCGCCACAGGUUGGAUUGGGUUCUUCUUUAUGGUUUGGCUAGCAGUAUGGAAAAGUUUUGGUCUUGCUAAGCGGUCGAUGAGCGUGAGCAAUUCAGCAAUUUCAGCAUUUUCUUAUGCUAGGCGUGCCCACAAAGACUAGGUAUGGUUCAAAUGAGUUAAAUGCAUGCUAUGAAUUGAAAUAUGUUGCUUCACUCAUUUUUUCCUCUCCCGAGAGUCACUUUUUUGAAAGAUCUGCUGCAUAUGUUGUUGAGUUUAAAGGCCUUGGUAGUAUAAUAUCCAUAAUGUGUGCUUAUAAUGUAGAUAUUCUUUUAUAAGUAUACUAUUUUACGGGCUCCUUUAUUGGUGAGUGAUGAAAGUACCAAACAUUGAAGAUAGAGCUUCAAAGAAAUAUAAUCGUAACUCAAGUAAAAGAGGAUCUUCUUUACCUUGAAAUGUUUGAAUAUGAGAACCAAUAAAUGAUAUGGUUGAUAAUUUACACA